AUGCCGCGGUUCUCUGUUCUUUUAGGCCGAGCUUAUACAUGCAAGUUCUGCAACAGGUGGCUAGUACCACCGAACAGUUGGGUGUUCGCCGAACGAGAAUCCAAGGAAUUGCUCGCGAUUUUGUUGAAAAAGCUGAAGCCCACAAUGACUAAGGUACGUUUGGUCGACGCUUCAUUUGUGUGGACGGAGCCUCACUCCAAAAGAAUCAAACUGAAGUUGACUGUGCAGAAAGAAGUUGUAACCGGUGCGGUGCUUCAGCAAAUUUUCGUUCUGGAAUUUGUAAUUUUGAAUCAGGUUUGCUUGUAA